AUGUGGUGUCCGGCACCAGCUCCGCUUUCCUGUGGCAGUGGCGGCCCCCUGCGAGAGCAGAUCCAUCGGGAGGUGCAGGAUUACUAUGGCAAAGAGCUGCAGAAGUCAGAGGACCUGAAAACCAAUGCGUGUGUCACCUUGGCCAGGCCUCUUCCCAAAGUGGUGAGAGAUGCUUUGGAGCAUGUCCACGAGGAGGUGGUAGCCAGGUACUAUGGCUGUGGUCUGGUGAUCCCUGAGUCCCUGGAGUCAUGCCGGAUCCUGGACCUGGGCAGUGGCAGUGGCAGAGACUGCUACCUGCUGAGCCAGCUGGUUGGGGAGCAAGGCCAUGUCACAGGGAUAGACAUGACGAAGGACCAGGCUGAGCUUGCAAAGAAGCACAUUUCCUACCACAUGGACAAAUUUGGCUACCAAAAGCCAAAUGUGGAGUUCCUCCAGGGCUACAUAGAGAAGCUGGGUGACGCUGGGCUGGCUGAUGAGAGCUAUGAUAUUAUCAUCUCCAACUGCGUGAUCAACCUCACCCCUGACAAGAGGACUGUGCUGCAUGAAGCCUACCGUGUGCUAAAGCCUGGGGGAGAGAUGUACUUCAGUGAUGUCUACGCCAGCCAGCACCUGAGUGAGACCAUCUGGAAGCACAGGGUGCUGUGGGGGGAGUGCCUAGCAGGAGCCUUAUACUGGGAAGACCUGUACAGCAUUGCCAAGGAGGUGGGGUUCAAAACCCCAUGCCUGGUCUCUGCCAGCCCUGUCACCAUUGGCUGCAAGGAGCUGGAGAACAUUGUUGGAGAUUGCCGCUUUGUCUCUGCAACCUUCCGCCUGUUUAAGGUGCCAGAUGGCAGCCAGGCUGGGCCGAGCCAGGUCACCUACAGUGGUGGAAUCGUGGGGCACGAACGAGAGCUGGUGUUUGACGCCAACUUCACCUUCAAGAAAGGAGAAGCGGUGGAUGUGGAUGCUGAGAUGGCCAUGAUCCUGCAGAGCUCCAGGUUUGCAAAGGAGUUCCUGGUCCAAGCCAACACUACUGCACUGCAAGGCUGCUGUUGCAAGGGAGUGAAGGAGAAGAUCUGCAAUCCCUUCAAGCUACUGGAGCAGCUUGCAGCCCCUGGUCCUGCCUGCUGUCCUGGUGGCACCUGUGGUCCCUGAGGAUGCUGCUG